AUGUCUCCCGAACAGAUCAAAUCCAACAUCCACCGCUUCCGCGUCCGACGAACAUCCCCAUCGUCUCCAUCCACUCUCCGCCGCUCGGCUUCUCCGCCCGUGCUGCCUCGCGCAUCUCUGCCACCACCGCAGACAUCACCAGCGCCAGCUGGAGGAGCCCCGGAUAUCACUCCCGAUGUCUCAUCUUCAGAAGUGGCCUCGGCAGCCUUAGGGACAACAUCUCUGCCGCCCCCUACGCCUUCGAUACUGCCAAGUCCUAUUGCUGCUGCCCCUGGACUUCCUUCGGGCGGCCCUGUUCCCAAUGUCGCCAACGCCACCACCUCGGCGAACACGGGAGUGGCGGCGUCCUCGCCUAAGGCACCCCGCGACAUUCCCGCUUGCGACCGGUGCCGUGCUUUCAAGAAGAAAUGCUCACGCACAUUUCCUAUCUGCACGUUAUGUGCCAAUGCUGGACACAAGUGUUCUUUCUCCACACCAGCCGCGUCGACGGCAGCUCAGACGCAUCACCUGAGGGCGAGGAUUGAAUGGUUAACACGAUACAUCAACGAAAGCCACCCGGUUCCUGGAGGCGGGGUUGAGCAUCUGGAUACCGGAACGGACCUUGUUUCGCUCUUAGGGUCUUCGCCUGGUGCCCUUUCCCAGCACCAAAGCCAGCAAUUGGAUAUAAACCCAUCAACGCCGGCAAAUGGAGCCACGCCUGGAUCCGCGAGUGUGGGGAGCAACCGAGGAGAUGGGUUCACGAUACACGGCAACACCGGGUCGGUUGUCUUUGAUCAGCGAAGUUUGGCCGUGAACGUUGACUCGGAAUCACCUUCAUCGAGAGGGAACGAUCAUAUGCGUGCUCUUCUUCAGCCGGCACCAGAGCCAGGGAGGAUACUUGGUAUUGAGUCUAUCCGGGAUGGAGGCUUCUCGUCAUCGAGUUUGCCACGAGAUGCUAUUGCUCGUCGAUUCGUGGACGCAUAUUUCCGGAACGUAAAUCGAGCAUAUCCAUUCGUGAACAGGUCUAAAGUUCUCAGGGACUUGGAGAACUUGGGCGAGUCUUCGAAACGGCGGCGAGACUCAGAUACGACCUUGUUGUACCUCAUCAUGGCCAUCGGCUGUACUACCUUGCAGAGAGCAGGCCAGAUACCGAACGACACGACGUCCAAGUUCGACGUGGCUUAUGCCGACAUUAUCCAAGAAUGUUUAGCUCGUGAAGACCUCGAGUCAAUCCAGAUUCUGGUCUUGGUGGCAUUAUACUCUCUCUUUGAUCCGAAGGGCAUCUCGACGUGGUCAAUAGCUGGCAUAGUCUCCCGCCAGGCGAUGCUGCUAGGCCUGAGCCGCAGAUCUUCUGAAGACAAGACGCUCUCUGCUAUGGAUAUCGAGCUGCGACAUCGUCUCUUCUGGAGCAUCUACGUUCUGGAUCGGAUGAUGGCUAUCUCAUUGGGCUUGCCAGUGGCCCUUAUUGACGAGAACAUGGAUGUUCCAUUGCCCGGGCUGACGAUUGAAGAAUUCGCCUCUCCAGAUCGGCAACACUUUGCCUCUAUCCUCCAGACAAACCGUCACGUCAUCCAGUUGAGGCAACUAGAAGAUCGAAUUCUCCGCCAGAUUCACACACGAAAGCAGUCCGACGUCGCCGCUCUCUCGCAGGCUGACCGCCGUGCCAUCGUCCAGGACAUCAGAUCAGAGAUUGAGAACUGGUACAGCAAUGGCUGCCUUGUGUCUCCCUUGGAGCCAGACAACGUGCCGAUCCAUAACUCGGUCACUUGGUUGAGCGCGCGGUACUACCAUCUUUUGCUCCUGCUUCACUAUCCGUGCCACUUCAACUCCUGCGGCUCUAUCGUGUCCGCGGUCGAGCUCUUGCGCUUCGCACAGAAGCACCUUCAAUCGACUUCGGUCCUUCUCCAGCAGCGCCAGCUGCCACUGAACCGCGUCACCCUAUGCCGUUUGUUCCCUGUCGGGUUGGUCCUUAUCCACAGCUUCAUCGCCUGUGCCGCAGAGUGCACGUCGUUCUCAGCCAGGGACGAGGUCGCCGUCAUCGUCAGCAUCCUCGAAGCCUUCCCUGAGGGCUGGACCCACGCGCGACAAGCAGCACACGUCUUCCGCCAGUUCAUGAGUCUGAUCUCAGGCGUACCCAACAACGGCUACACCACUCUUCACUUCCCCGGCAGCAGUAACAACAUGUAUGGCAAUAACGGACAGAUGACCUCGUCGAGGGAGUCAUACCAGGCGAUGGUCCGUCCAAUGAUCACAAGUCUAGUCACUCUGAUGCAAGAAGUACUUGGGAGGUCUACUUGUUACGCUUUCCAUGAAUGGCCCGAUGAUUGCGCCGGCCAGCCACCUACUACGACGGGCUUCAGGGGGCAAGCUGCUUUCUCGCCGACAGGAACACGACACUCGGCCGUCGCGGGAAAUGAGGACUCUGCUAUGGACUAUGGAUGGGGGUCGUUGGAAUUAGGAUUUCUUUGA